UCAAUAUAAUACAGAAUUGUGAGCAAUUGUGAUAUGUUUCUGCUUUAUGCGCAGUCACGCACUAUAGUUCACCCAAGGGAUUAAUUUAUAGACAUGUAUAUUGUUCACUUGUUUUGAUCAAUUUGAUGUGCUUUUGGCUUGUUGGUUUGAUGUAUUUACGAACUGCGGCGAUUCGAUAGCAACGGCAGUGGAAUGACAUCUUUUGCACUGAGAACACGGACCUGGAUUGUUUCUGCGUAUAUGUUGUGCGUUCAUCUAUAAGCACACUGGGGAAACGAAAAAAUGCUUCCAGCGUAGUCAUCGUCUCCUUUCAGCAAAUAAUUAUUUGCAUUUCACGGCGCAUGAAAUAUGGCUAGACAGAAUAAACUGGUUGGGUUGAUGCUUACCUUGUCUAUAUCUAUUAUAAGAAUUGGAAUGGGAUAUUUCAUUUCUGUUGCUGGGCCAAUUCUGUUACAUCUUGCUGACAAUGUUGGCGUGUCAGUUGGAACAGUUUCCUAUAUCUUUGUCGGUGGAUCUAUUGGAGUUGUUAUUGGGUCAAUAUUUGGUGCGGUAAUGAGGAGACGAAUGAAUCCAAAGUUUCGGCAUCUGUACACAUUUGGUUUCGCUGCAUUUCUGUUGGGAACAACCAGCCCUGUGGUUCCAUUCAUUAAAUCGUUGUGGUUAUUGUUUUUGAUCUACUUAAUCGGAGGAAUUGUAUACGGGUAUUUGGAUGCAGGUCUUCAAGCGCUCAUUCUUAAACUCUGGAAUGAAAAAAGUUCGCGUUCUCAUAUUCAGUUAUUUAAUUUUACAUAUAGCAUCGGGGCAUUCGCUGCCCCGUUGAUUGCUAAACAAAUGCAGGAAAUGUAUGGUGAUAUUCCUUCUACAGCUGCGUCAAAGUGCCAACAUCAGAAAAUAGAAAACAGUUCUCUUGCUUCAAGACCCUAUUUGAAUUCAACCGUUGAUAAUACAAGUAUGAUAGAGGUUGAUGACCGUGGUCUGAGAUGGACAUAUUAUACUCUGGCCAUUUGGAUGUUGCCUGUUUCUAUACUUAUGAUGUUUCUGGCAUAUAACGAUGUUGAAGAAAAAAUUUUACGUUUUAAUAGAGAGAAAUCCAGUAACUCUGGAUCAACUAUCGUUAGAGAUGACCCAUUUAAAGACGUUGUAUUCAUUUUGAUUGCAGUAGCAGGAUACUAUUUUUGUUCCGUUGGAAUGGAAACUGUUUUUUACAGUUUCAUUUACUCUGUCACGUUUUGUUCAGAUUUGGGAUUUACGCCUGCGCAAGCAUCCUACGCGAAUUCAUUGGUGUGGCUCGGUCUUGGAAUUGGUAGACUUUCGGGUGUUGUGUUUGCAAAGCGAGUACAACCAAGGACUAUUGUAUUUUGUUGCAUUGCUGGAACAACAAUUGAUUCGUUUAUCAUGUCAGUCUUUGGAGAACAAACUGCCCUCGUCACCUGGAUAGUUGCAUUCACACACGGACUGACCACAUCCACACUGUAUCCUGCGGGCGUAUCAUGGUUAUCGCAAGUAACUAAUGUUUCUGGAGCGUACAUGUUUAUAUUCAAUCUUGGGAGUGCUUUGGGAUCUUUGACAAUGCUGCCUCUUGCUGGUCAUCUUUUCGAUAAAAAUCCUUUCAACGCGAUACAUCUUGUGUUAGCUCUCUCUGUAUCAAAUGGCGUGUUCUUUGCCUUGGCGCUAUUAGCCGCACGAUUUUUCAAACGAAAAGUUCAGAAAAAAGCAUUAGAGAUGACCAAUCAAGUUAAAACAUCGACAGAAAAUGAUUUCAUGAUGCCAAGGGAUCGUGAUUAAAGUUCAUGCUUUUGCCUAUAAGCAAAAUCAGUGAUACAGUACCAUCAAGAUAAUCGAUGUUAAUCGACAAAUUAUAUGAACCAUUUUAGUUAUCACGUUUGUGGGAUAAAAAAAAAUCGUCAACCUGUUGAAUGAUAAAAAAAUAUAAGUCAAACAAACUCAAACAACUCUUGCGCAAUUGAUGAAUAUUUUCCCCGAACAUUGUUAGAGAAUUCGGUACUCCCGGAGUAUGUGAACCAAGAUGGCGGACACCGGAACGUAGUAUGUGUACCGGUUUAGG